AUGGCGAAAGAAAGCGACGCGCCACCGUCGUACCCAAUGACCCCUCGGCGGCCAAACGAGCAGACCCAGCGUCCUCUCUCACAUCACCCUGAAUUUGGGAAACCAUCUCCCCUCGGCCCAUUUCAACGUCCAAACCCACCCCACCAGCAACAGUCGAACCAUCCUUUUAAUAUCCCAAAGCCGAACCGUGCUCGACCUGAACAUCACAGGCCUGCACCGCAGUCAAGACCAUACAAUGCUCCUCACCCGGGUGUAAACCAUCAGGGUCACAGACCGCCUGCUGGCUCAGGUGGUCCUGUAGCAUCCACACCGAAGCGUAGCGAGCCGUUCGACCCUUUCAAGCCUGUUCGACCUUCGGCCUAUAACAACUACCGAAACUCGCGUCCGGUCAAUAACGACGUUGUGGAGAUUCGCCGUCCGGAGAAUAUCACCUUCACCACCCCACGAGCUCCCAAGACUUUCUAUGCAUCUUCAGCCAUCAAAAUGGACAAUGCAAAAAAAAACCUCAGCAACUUCGUUGAUCUUACCCGCGAGGGAGGAUUCACACCCAGUGCUAGACCUCGCAAUACGGGGUUCGGGUCAAUGGACGUCAACAGCUAUGUGGAUCCCGUCAAAGCCAACGAAAACAUCAAAGCUCUGCUUGAAGGAGCAUUUACGGAUGAGGAUGACAAGCAACGAUCAAAGUCAAAGAACCGGAAAAAGAGUAAGAACCGGAAGAAGAAGAAGGAAGGCAAGGAACAGAAGAAGCAGAACACUUCUGAAAUUGACGACCUAGCCGCUCAACUGGAAGGAGUCACCGUCAAUGAGCCAAGCGCUGCUGUUGAGAAGAGUGAACUGGACGAGCUGAAAGCAAAAGACAACGUUGAUAAAGCAAACAAAAGGGAAACCAAAAAGGACGAGAAGUUAUCUGAAGAUGAAGCCGAAGACGAUGAGCAAGGGGACGAAGAAGAGGACGAGGAAGAAGAAGAAGAAGAGGAAGAGGAAGAAGAUGAUGGGACAGUAGAAGGCUUGAAGGUUAAGUUACUCCCUCACCAAAGGGAAGGAGUGAACUGGAUGAGUGACAAAGAGAGAGGCUCAGGCAACGCAAAAGGAGUGCUUCCCAAGGGUGGCAUACUUGCAGACGACAUGGGUCUGGGAAAGACUGUUCAAACUAUCGCCCUGAUACUCACCAAUCAGAAAUCUUCAGACAAAUUCAGGGCCGGCGCCUCCAAUGCGGAUGAUGACAGCAGUGAUGAACAGGACAGUGAAAAGACGCGCAAGGUACCUCCUGGGCUAAGCAAGUCGACUCUUGUUGUUGCCCCAUUGGCAUUGAUUAAACAGUGGGAGUCAGAAAUAGCAACCAAGGUCGAGGACGCUCAUAAGCUACGUGUUUGCGUCUACCACGGAAAUACUCGCGCGAAAGCAACGGACAACCUGGACACCUACGAUGUGGUUAUUACAACAUAUGGCACCUUAACCUCCGAGUAUGGAGCUGUCGAUAAGAACAAGAAGAAAUCGGGACUCUUUUCUGUUUAUUGGUACCGGAUAGUCCUAGACGAAGCGCAUACCAUCAAGAAUCGAAACGCCAAGGCAACGCAGUCGGCAUGUGCGCUUGAUGCGGAAUAUAGAUGGUGUCUGUCAGGAACGCCAAUGCAGAACAACUUGGAUGAGCUUCAGAGUUUGAUCAAAUUUCUGCGGAUUAAACCCUACAACGAUCUUGCGGCCUGGAAGGAUCAGAUCACAAGGCCGUUGGCUAACGGACGUGGAGCCCUUGCGAUUGAACGCUUACAAGUCUAUUUGAAAGCAUUUAUGAAGCGGCGCACUAAGGAGGUUUUGAAGUUGAAUUCCAACCUCAAGCCCAGCGAAUCAGGUGCCGACGGGAAGCAGAAGAAGUCGACCGGCUUCCAGAUCACCAAACGGGAAGUCAUCAAGGUAGCUGCAGAGUUCAUGCCCGGUGAGAUGAACUUUUACAAACGUCUCGAACAGCGAACGGAAAACAGCCUCGAGAAGAUGAUGGGCGGCUCCAAACUCGACUACGCUGGUGCUCUGGUCUUGCUGCUACGUCUACGACAAUCUUGCAACCAUCCAGAUCUGGUCAAGAGCGAUCUUGCAAAGGACAAAGACAUUCUUUUGCAGAAUGGGACCUCUAGUAGCCAAUCUAGCACUGGAAAGCAGGACGAUCUCGAUAGUAUGGCUGAUCUCUUUGGCGCCCUGAGUGUCGUUUCGAAGAAAUGCGAUGUUUGCCAGACAGAGCUGAGCAAGGAAGAAGCAACGAGCGGUUCCAGCAGGUGUGGUGAGUGCGAGGCCGAUCUAAGGGCUACGCUUGGUGGUAUCGAUACAGGCAAGAAAAAGAGCUCUCACAAGAAGAGGAUAGAGGUGGACCUCACAGACUCACCAUCUGAUGAAUUUUCCGAAAUACAGAAGGCUCGAGCUCGGAGAAACAGGAAGAUUGUCAUUGAUAGCGACGACGAGGACGAGGAUGACGGGGAGUGGAUCGUCCCGAAGGGCCAACGCGCUGUGCCCAAUCUUGGAAAAGCUGGUGGAACUGAUGACGAAGAUGCUGAAGGAGGAGGCGAAUGGCUGAAUUCCGAGGACUCUGAGACUGAUGAGGAUGGUGGUCCUGAAUCCCCAACCCGGAAGCCUGCCAUUGUUCCCUAUUCGAGAAGAAGUCGAGGACCGGAGUCCGACACCGAUGAGGAUAUUUAUCUGAAUCCUGGUGACGACGAGAGUCAAGUCCUGCCUUCCACCAAGAUCCGACAUUUGAUGAAGAUUCUUCGACGUGAAGCUGGGGACCACAAGUUCAUUGUCUUCUCGGUCUUCACUUCGAUGCUGGACAAGAUCGAACCGUUCUUGAAGCGUGCUGGCAUUGGCUUUGCAAGAUACGACGGGAGCAUGCGAAACGAUCUUCGAGAGGCCAGUCUAGAUAAAUUGAGGCAUAACGGUGCAACCCGGGUGCUGCUCUGCAGUUUGCGCGCGGGCGCCCUGGGACUCAACCUUACGGCUGCAAGUCGAGUCGUGAUCUUGGAACCAUUUUGGAAUCCUUUCGUUGAGGAACAAGCUAUCGAUCGAGUCCAUCGACUCAACCAGACACUUGAUGUCAAGAUUUAUAAGAUGAUUAUCAAGGAGACCGUUGAAGAGCGGAUCCUGGAAUUGCAAGACCGCAAGCGCGAGUUGGCCAAUCUCACUAUUGAAGGCAAGAGUGCAGCUGGCAAGCUUACGAUGAACGAUAUGAUGGCUCUCUUUGGUCGCGACGCCGAAGCACGCUUCUCUGGCGACCGGGGAAACAUUGACGUUAUCAAAGCUGGCGGAGCAUUGACAGAUGCCAGCCGCUCUAGUUCCAAGUAUAAGGGAAACGGAGGAAGCAGUCGGCCGUGGGGUCAGCCCAGUUCGCAAGACCGGAAUCGCCAAGCGGAGAAGCAGGCUCCCAGGGCUGAGGAUUCGUUUCGCCUCCUUCGAGUGGUAGGCAAAGGUGCUUUUGGAAAGGUCCGCAUCGUGGAGAAGAAGGAUACCGGCCUGACAUUUGCUUUGAAGUACAUUCGGAAAGAAGAAGUUGUCCGAUCCGAGAGCGUAAGGAACAUCAUUCGAGAACGACGAAUGCUCGAGCACUUAAACCAUCCUUUCCUUUGCAACUUGAGAUACAGUUUUCAAGACAUCGAGUACAUAUAUAUCGUGGUUGAUUUGAUGAAUGGCGGUGAUUUGCGAUUCCAUAUCUCGAGAAAGUGCUUUACAGAAGAGGCAGUACGCUUCUGGAUGGCAGAACUUGGUUGUGCUUUGAGAUACAUCCACUCACAAGGUAUCAUUCAUCGAGAUGUGAAGCCGGACAAUGUGUUGCUAGAUUCGGAAGGGCAUGUGCAUUUGGCGGAUUUUAAUGUGGCAUCCGAUUUUCGACCAGGCAAGCCCCUCACAAGCAAGUCAGGAACCUUGGCGUAUCUGGCUCCUGAGGUGUACGAAGGCGGAGGUUAUUACUGCGAAGUGGAUUGGUGGUCGCUCGGUGUGACAUUUUAUGAAUGCAUUUACAAUAAGCGACCUUUUGAAGGUCGCAGCCAGGACGUCCUUAGCGAGAACAUCAAAAAGGCUCAACCGAAAUACUACGUCACCAACCCGGCUGUUACAGUUCCGUGCCUGCGAGCAAUGUCUGCGCUGUUGGAGAAGGACAGAAGCAAACGAAUAGGGGCAACUGGCUUUGACACUUUCACUUCGCAUAUGUUCUUCGCAGAGAUCGACUUUGUUGCUUUGGAACGCAAGGAAGUCCCGCCUGUUUUUCGACCUUCUAGCGAUAAGACCAACUUUGACGCCACGUAUGAUUUAGAAGAGCUCCUCCUCGAGGAGGCGCCUCUGGAGGCUCGGGCGCGGAGACAAAAGCCAAGGGCAGAAUUGAGAGAGGAUGCAACGGCGAAGGAAAUCAGAGAGGAUGAGCUUCACCGUCUGAUUGAGACGAUGUUCGAACCUUUCGACUACACAACAGUCACGUAUCAAGGGUAUGUCCAGGAGUUGCAGGAGCAGGAUUUGUCUGGGUUCCGUGCUAACGGAUUUUUCAGCAAUGCUGCUGAGGCAAUUGCGGCAUCAAA